AUUGAUCACAUCUCUGCUUUGUUUUAGACUCAAGGGUUGGGGGUCACCAACUUGGAAAGUUGUUUUGAGAAUUCAUCCAAAUCAGAACACCAUUGGGUAGCUCAGGAAUCAUCCUAGACUUCGACCUGAGGGUCACUGACAUCGAAGGAACCAGUCCCUGUCAGGUGAGAACAUGGCCCACCAUGUUACCCGGUCGCCCGCUGAGCGGACAUUCCAGCACCAGGACAGCUUGCCUCUUCUCCCUGUGCCGUGUCUAGAGGGGAGCCUGGCCAAGUACCUGGAGGCAGUGCGGCCGUUUGCCACGGCGGAGGAGUUCCAGGCGACCACGGCCAUAGUGAAGAGAUUUGGAAAGGGCGUUGGCCAAGACCUGCACCAGAAACUACUACAGAGGGCCAGGAUACGCAGGAACUGGUUGGAGGAGUGGUGGUUAGACGCAGCGUAUCUGGAGUUGCGCCUCCCCUCUCAGCUGAAUGUGAACUUCGGAGGACCCGCACCCUACCUGGAACACUGCUGGCCAGCUAUGGAGGGAGAGCAGCUGCCGAGGACCAGCUUAGCCAUCUGGCACACUCUACAGUUCUGGGACAUGCUCCGCACGGAGAGGCUGGGCCCUCAUAAGACAGAUAAUACGGCCUUGGAUAUGGACCAGUUCCGAAUGUUGUUCUGUACUUGCAAAGUACCUGGUGUCACCAAGGAUUCCGUCAUCAACUACUUUAAGACGGAGAGUGAGGGUCCGUGCCCCUCUCAUGUGGUGGUGAUGUGUAAGGGACGCGUCUUCACCUUUGACGUGGUCUAUGAUGGAAACAUCCUCACGCCUCUGGAGCUGCUAAGGCAGUUGACCUAUGUGAAGCAGUGUUGUGAGGGACAGCCAGUGGGAGAUGGAGUUGCUGCUCUCACCUCAGAGGAGAGGACACGCUGGGCUAAGGUCAGGGAGUAUCUAACAAGUAUAGAUCCAGCCAAUAAGGUCAUCCUAGAGACCAUCCAGAGCAGUCUGUUUGUUGUCUCACUAGACGACGCUAAACCCUACGCUACUGCAGAGAACUAUACAAGGUUGACCCAGGAGGCCCUGACAGGAGACCCCACAAUCCGCUGGGGCGACAAGUCUUACAACUUCCUGUCGUUCGCUGACGGGACCUUUGGGUCCAACUGUGACCAUUCCCCAUAUGAUGCUAUGGUGCUGGUAACUCAGUGUUACUACGUAGAUCAGCAGCUCAAAGCUACAAAUGGCAACUGGAAGGGCUCUUCGGCACUGCGUCCUGUGCCCCUUCCUGGAGAGUUGGUCUUUACCGUGGACGACAGAGUCCGGAGUGACAUUGCACAUGCCAAGCAACAGUACUGGGAGACCACUCGGGACUUGCAGGUGGUGUGUUACGCCUUCACCUCUUUUGGAAAAGCAGCGAUCAAACAGAGGAAGCUCCACCCAGACACUUUCAUACAACUGGCUCUUCAACUGGCUUACUACAGACAGCACGGAAGGUCUGGUAGUUGCUAUGAGACGGCAAUGACCAGAAGGUUCUACCACGGCAGGACCGAAACCAUGAGGCCCUGCACUCUAGAGGCGCAAAACUGGUGCCGCCUGAUGCUUGACCCUGCGGCCAGUGUGAGUACUGAAGCUAAAAGGAAAGCCCUGCUGCUGGCCUUCAACAAGCACAACAAACUGAUGGCCGAGGCCCAGAACGGUAAAGGUUUUGACAGGCAUCUUCUGGGCCUGUACCUGAUCGCCAAGGAGGAGGGACUUCCUGUGCCAGACCUGUUCACUGAUCCACUGUAUUCUAAGAGUGGCGGGGGAGGUAACUUUGUUCUGUCCACCAGUCUGGUUGGCUACACUACAGUCCUUGGGGCAGUCGCGCCAAUGGUGAAUAAUGGCUAUGGGUUCUUCUACCGCAUCAGAGACGAUAGGAUUGUGGCUUCCUGUUCCGCAUGGAAGUCCAGUCCAGAGACCGAUGCAGAAACACUGUUCCAGAACCUGGCUACUUCUCUACAUGACAUGCUCCAGCUGGCUACAACCGCUCACCUCUAACACAUAAAAAAAACACACAGAUACACACACUUUUUUUGGAUGGUAGUAAAUAAUUAACUUCUGCACGAUCAAUGCAAAAACACAGUAACAGUGCAGCUCUUGAUUUGCUUUCUUUCGUAAAUGUUUUUAAAUAAUCUAUGUUUAAAUGCAGCAUAACUGAGUAGUUCAUUUUGCACUUAAAGCCUUAAACCAGUAGAAAUCCGUUUUCAAUUUGGCCUGGUCUAACCCGUUGUGUGGUAAGACGAUUUGCAUCAAAUAGGCCACUGGUGGGCAACUUUAAAUCAUGUAAUUAUUCGUGAUUCGAUUUUAUGUAGCAUCUAGAUUGGGGAUUCCCGGUUUUCAAAAUGUAUAGAUUGAACUUCCUGCCAUAAUUCUGUUUAGAUUUAGCCUUGUUUUUAUGCUCUUCGAACUGUUCCUAAGACCACUAAACUAACACUCACAAUGCUUCCAGUCUGGAACCAGCAUAGCAUUGCCUCAUGUCACCUGUCAAUCAGUAUGGAUUUACAAGUAUUAUUUUUCUAUAACAGUUUGCUUUUCCAGAACAGAAAUGAAUGUUGUUGCUUGAUUGAAAUACUCUUCUGAACAUAACUUUAAUUAUAGCUGUGGAAUUUGAAAAUGCACAGACUAAGCUUAAACAGUAAAUGUUGUCGGACUACUGCAUUGCCUCAUGGGUGCAAUGUUAAGCCCUGCCUCAAUCAAAACCAUUUUCCAAUUAUAUUCUGGUUUGAUUGAGUGAAUUCAAAUGUGCCUUUUUGCUUAUUGGAUUUUCUGGAGACUUGGUUUGUGGUUUUGAUUGAAUAUCCCAUUGUGUCUUAGGGCUCAGAUCAAUCACACCCAUAUUGCAGUAUUUACACAUUUUCUAAUUACUCUGACUGGUCUACCAGGGCGACCACCUCACAAGUAUGCUUUCACUUUCAGAAUUAGAGUUGGGAUGGAAAUCAUUUAAAAUAAAUUAAUUGUGCAAACAUUGCUAUGGUGUGUAUGAAUCCAUCCCAGCAUUAAACAUUUAGAUUUCCAUUGCUGCUAAAUAACUCUUCCACUACUAUGCCAGGGUAAUAGCAUCACCCUAUGCAAAUUCUAAUAUGCUGUAUGUAUCUGUCUGUAAUAAAGAACUGUCUGUAAUUUCUUCA